AGCGCGCGAUGAGCGCUCUGUCACUUAUCUACGUCCGUCAUUGCCUAACCUCAAAAACACUUCCAAACCAGUGGUUCAAAGGGGCGCAGCACCAUGUCGGAGGAGGAGCCCCGCAGCAAGAGCCUGAUUAUUUUCGGGCGCGACGUGUCCCAGAUCCCGUGCUUUCGCAACAGCUUCCUCUACGGCACAUUGGGGGGCAUCGGCUUCGGCCUGGCCCACUUCCUAUUCACCAGCAAAGUGGCCAAGUCGGUCAACUACUCGGUCUAUGCCUUUUCGCUUGUCACUGUGGGCUUUUGGAUGCAAUGCCGGCUGGAGAACUCGAAGACCAAGUUCGAGAUGAUGCGACUGCAGCAGCAGCUGCAGGAGCGCGCACUGUUCGAGGGUUCCCAGCGGGACCCCGACCGGGCCCCAGUCGAACUGGUCGAAGUGUAGUAGUAGAUAGAAUAAACAGAGUCUAACCUUAA